AUGGCCGACUCCUCCUCUUCAAGCCUGAAAGAAAACAGGUCAAGGCGCUCCUGGACAGUCUCAGCAGAAUCAAGCGCUAUGGGAAGCAAUGGUCGAUCCUCACUUGAUUCCACUGAGAGACCCAAAACACAGGGUGGAGAUGCAGAUACCAACAGGGCUGGUCCCAGUGGAUUUUCGAAACUACUCGAGGCGCGUCGGAGACGGAAGAAGAACAAGAAGGACCAAAGAGACCAAAAAGACCAAAAAGAAACGGAUGAGCUGGCAGUGCCCACUCUGGCCUUGGAACAUGACCUCCACGAAAGCCGAUCCAACGAAUCUCGGGAUGGGAUCUCCGCCGCUACAUCGUCUGUCGCGGGGAGCUCUGAGCAACCGGACGGUGAGGUCAUUAAUUUAUUAACUGAUGAUUCUGAACCAGAUGGGACUCCGCCGCUUACGUCGCAUAACUCGCAUACUGGUUUUUAUACCUCCUCAUCGCCAUUGAUCAAGACAACAACGGUGAAUCCCACCCACAACCAAAUCCUUCGAGCUGAUACCACCUCAGCGAUCAGCAGCCUAAGUGCCACUGGGUCCGAAUCGAAUUCGUCGGAACGAGCAUCCAGACUUCCAACACAAUCGAAUCUGGCAUUGGGUGUUCCCGACGAUUCAAGUAGCAAGAGACGGAGCGCGUCUCCCGGACGACGCUUCAAAGGCUCGUCUAACCCCGAUAAAAAGGCCCCAAAUGAUGACCCCGAAGCCGCAUCCGUCAAGUCUGGGUCAAGCAAAAGCCGCAGUCUGUUCGGUCGACGGGGUAGUCUCCCGUCCAAACGAGCCCAACUAUCGCCAGACGACGAUGUCCCCCCUUUACCUGCACCAAUUCGUACAGAUCUCACAGAUGAUAAACCUCGCUCGCUUGAAGCCAGCCCGAUGCCGAACACCCCGCCCCAUACCGCCAUUCCGGCACCAGCUACAACCGUGACACCUCCCACACCGACCGAGUUCAACCCCCUUGCCCCGCAAAUUAUAUCCCACGACGUGACAGACUCACCCGAAUCUAUUAAAUCAAGAAAUUCCAUAUCUGAUGGAGUCACCACUGUCAGCCCAUCCGGAAACAUGAUUUCUCAUCGCCGGGUUCGGUCGGCUUCUGCAGCUCAUGUUCCAAGCAAACUUUCGAAUUCGAUAUCCGCAUUAACACCACUUGAUGAGAAGACACCUGGAGCGAAGACAGCGAAUUCGAACCAGCAAAAUGGGUUCUUCUCCUCUGUAUUCUCCGCUGCCCAAAACGCACUAAGCAACAGUCUCAACACUCAGCAAAGGAAUCGCCCCACUUCUCAACCCACCGCUGCCGAGGCCGAUAAAUCCUCCUCUGACUCCACAGAUGUCGCUGAACAAACAUCUGAACAGGGUAGUAAGAGCGAUGAAGGAAAGCCAUCUGCCGUGGAGACCCUAGGAGCAGGAGAUUUAAAUUUCGCCCAUCUAGAUAUUGAUGCCCGACCCGGCGAGUCGAUCACGACCCCCGACGGUGUUGUUAUCACGAAGCCAGGUGGCACGCCUGACAGGCGCAAGAACACGGGUGUCUAUCGUCGAGACGAGGAAGCCGCCAAGCUUGAAGACAAGCGCGCAGCGCGUGCUGUUCAAGCAGCAUAUGAAAAACCCGACAAGUCGGCAAGGCCCUCGGAAUUGUCAUUAGUCGGCGCUCCUGCAGAUGACGUUUUGGAUAUUCAGUCUACUACCUCGCUGCCGAAGGAUGGCGCAAUCUUGGGUGAUCAAACUCCGCCAGCUGGCAGUGUUGUCGACGGUGAUCUGAGCGGGGGCAUAAAACGCACUGGCAGCGUCCGUAGCAGACUCGCGCGGCGUCACCGCGGAUCUUCGGGAGCCACAGCAUCGACAGUUGGAGCGAUUGGCAUCAAUGCUAUUGCGCUUGGAGCUCCUGGUCUCAAUGCCAGUGCUCCUCGACUGACUGGUUUUGCUGUUGCAAGCAAAAAGCGCAACAGGGACUUCCAUCAGUUGUUCCGCAGUGUGCCCGAGGAUGAUUAUCUGAUUGAAGAUUACAGCUGUGCUCUGCAACGGGAGAUCAUUCUUGCUGGUCGUAUAUACAUCUCAGAAGGACACAUCUGUUUCUCCAGUAACAUUCUGGGAUGGGUCACAACAUUGGUGAUCAGCUUCGACGAAGUUGUUGCUGUCGAAAAAGAAAGUACUGCCAUGGUAUUCCCCAAUGCGAUCGCUAUCCAAACACUCCACGCCCGCCAUACCUUCCGAAGUCUGUUGAGUCGUGAGUCAACAUAUGACCUGAUGGUCAAUAUCUGGAAGAUCAACCACCCCUCCAUCAAAAGCUCUGUCAAUGGAACGCGUGUGGCCCAUGGAACCGGUGACAAGACCGAAAAGGUUGGAGAAGAGGAGAGCGAGUCCGAUACCGAGGUGUCUGAUGAAGAUGAGAUAUAUGACGAAGAUGAGGAAGGAGACAAUGCUGAUAGUUUGUUCGAGGCUGGCUUCAGUGCCAACGCUAGUUCAACGUCAUUGCCAGUGAGAGCAGGCUUGAGCCGCAAAACGUCAAAUCUCUCUGCAAAUGCAAUUGCUCCCGCCGUAGGAACAAACGCCAAUGGCGACAAGAAAAAUGGCGACAAGGGUGCUUCUAAGGACGCACCGCCUGACUUCCCCGGUCCUACUACUCAUGCACCCACUGAAUACGUCGAUCCCAACGGACAAUAUGAGAAGGUCAUCAAGGACGAGGUCAUCCCAGCACCACUCGGCAAGGUCUACUCUUUAGUCUUUGGACCAGAGUCCAGCGAAUUCAUGACCAAGUUCCUUGUUGACAAUCAGAAGUCCGGCGAGUUACAGUUUGAGGGAACUGCCAAGGGCCUGACUACUGAAAGCCCAACCAGGAAUUAUUCUUACAUCAAGCCUCUAUAUGGCUCUAUUGGUCCAAAGCAGACCAAAUGUAUCAGUACCGAGAAUCUCGACUUUUUGGAUCUUGAAAAGGCUGUCCUCGUCACUCUCAGCACACAGACACCCGAUGUGCCCAGUGGAAAUGUUUUCGCUUGCAAGACCAAGUAUCUUUUUACGUGGGCUCCCAAUAACCAAACUCGCUUCCUCAUGACCUGCACCAUUGAAUGGUCGGGCAAGAGCUGGCUGAAGGGUCCUAUCGAGAAAGGUGCAAUUGACGGUCAAACCACCUUCGGUAACGAGCUCGUCAAAUCCCUCCAGGCUGGCGUUGUCCCUCGAGGACGUACCGCUGGCGGUGGAAAAGGCAAAGGCCGACGCAAGAAGGGCGACCCCGCCGGACGGGAAUCUACUGCCGCAUCUUCAUUGAAGGUCACCGUCGACUCCAACACCGGAAACAGAGAAUCAUGGGGAUUGUUCGAACCCGUUCGUCCCCUUCUCGAACCAUUCACCAGUAUCCUCAGUCCACUAUGGAGCGGAAACGUCGCUAUCAUCCUCAUCGGCAUAUUGCUGUACAUGGCAUUUUUCCGAUCCUCGUCAUCAUCCCUCGCACACCAAGGCGGUUGUCCCGGCCACGGCUUGCCGCAAAGACUUGCUGUAUAUGAGGAGAUGUGGCGACGCGAGGAAACAGAACUAUGGAAUUGGCUCGAGGACCGCGUUGGUAUGGAUGGAAUGGUCUUCCCGAAUGCCUACCGGGCUCCAGAACCCCACCCCAGUCGGAGGUCACACGGCGGCAGUGCGACUGACGAGCGUGAGCUAGCUUCUCGGCUUCGCGAGGAGAAGGUCUCGGAUCGCGAAAUGGACCAUGCUAUUCGUACCACGCGCCAACGCCUCGAUGUCCUCGAGGAAAUGAUGAACAAACGCAAGGCUCAGUGGGAAGUCAACGAGCCGGCUAAAACCGAGCUGUGA